AAGCCCUUCAGUGCUCUGGCCUUCUCCCACGAUGGGAAGCACCUGGUCACCGGGGAGAGUGGUCACAUGCCCUGUGUGCGGGUGUGGGAGUUGGAGGGGGGGCAAGUGGCGGAGGUUCAGUCUCAUAAAUACGGAGUCUCCUGCGUGGCGUUCUCCACCAACAGCUGCUACAUCGUCUCCGUGGGAUACCAGCACGACAUGACCGUCAACGUGUGGGACUGGAGGAAAGGUUCGAUCAUCGCCUCCAACAAGGUGUCCAGCCGAGUGUCCGCCGUCUCUUUCUCGCAGGACAACAGCUACUUCGUCACCGCAGGAAACAGACACGUCAAGUUCUGGUACCUCGACGCCUCCAAAGAACGACGGGUGAACAGCACGGUGCCUCUGAUUGGUCGGUCGGGGUUGCUAGGUGACCAUAAGAACAGCGUGUUCAGUGGGGUGGCGUGCGGGCGUGGCCCCGCAGCGUCCAGCACUUAUUGCAUCACCAGCUCCGGCCUGCUGUGUCGGUUCAACAGCAGCCGUCAGCUGGAGGCGUGGGUCGACCUCAAGACGUCGUCGGCGAGCUGUCUGGCCAUCAGCGAGGACUUUAUCUUCUGUGGAUGUGCUGACGGUGCCAUCAGAGCAUUCAGUCCCUCUAACCUGCAGUACGUCACCACUCUGCACCGCCCACACCGCCUCGGGGUCGACCUCACACAGAGCCUUCAGCACAGUCCAGGGGCUCAGUACCCCGACACGUUGGCCCUGACCUUUGACCCGGCCUCCAGACACCUGACCUGCGUGUACAACGACCACAGUGUGUAUGUGUGGGACGUUAAAGACGUGAGGAACGUGGGGAAGCUGUACUCCGCUCUGUACCACAGCAGCUGUGUGUGGAGCAUAGAAGUGUACCCGGAGCUGUUGGAUGCGUCUCAGGCCUGCCUGCCUCCCUCCUCCUUCCUCACCUGUUCGUCUGAUAACACCGUCAGACUGUGGAACACCGACCCCCCCAUCACACACCGAAACCUCUACAGCAACGACUUGCUGCGGAUCGUUUACGUCGGGGAGAACAUGCAGCACCUGCAGGCCGAGGGGGGGGAAGCAGGGGCUGAUGGGAAGGCAGGAAUCAGAGUCCUGGGAGUCAGUCCUGAUGGGAAACACCUGGCAGCUGGAGACCGCUGCGGAAACCUGCGGAUCUUUGGUCUGGAGUUCCUGGACGAGCUGGUGAAGAUCGAGGCUCAUGACUCGGAGGUUUUGUGUCUGGAGUUUUCCCCGAUCUCCACAGGUGUGAAGCUGUUGGCGUCGGCCAGCAGAGACAGACUGAUCCACGUCUUCAACCUGGAGAAGAACUACAGCCUGGAGCAGACGCUGAGCGACCACUCGGCCUCCAUCACUGCCGUCAAGUUCACAGGUGAGAGUCCGGAGGUCCGAAUGGUGAGCUGUGGGGCCGACAAAAGCAUCUACUUCCAGACCGCCGAGCAGACGGCCGAGGGUCCGUCGUUCUCUCGGAGUCACCACGUGGUGGAGAAAACCACGCUGUACGACAUGGACCUGGAUUCAACCCGGACUCACGUCGCCAUCGCCUGCCAGGACCGAAACAUCAGGGUGUAUAACGUGGAGACGGGGAAGCUAAAGAAGUGUUUGAAAGGCUCGUCCAGCGAUGAAGGAGCUCUGCUGAAGGUUCAGAUGGAUCCGUCCGGGUCCUUCUUCGCCACCAGCUGCUCCGAUAACAUCUCCAUCUUCGACUACGAGUCCGGAGAGUGUGUCGCCACCUUGUUCGGACACUCAGAGAUCGUCACCUGUAUGAGGUUCAGUCAGGACUGCAAACACCUCAUCACUGUGUCCGGAGACAGUUGUGUGUUUAUCUGGAGGCUUGACUCUCAGAUGACCAGCAUCAUGAAGAAGAGGCGAGGCCUAAAGAUGGCUGCCGCUCCUGAAGCCUGCAGCCGCAAGCUACCUAGCAUCAGGAGGGAGACCUUCAUCACGGGACCCUCCUCUCAGCUGCCUCACAUGGAGGAAGAGGAGGAAGAGGAGGAAGUGGAAGACCUCGGGACUCCUGACUCCAGACUCGACUCUGCUCACGAAGCUCAGCUGCUUCAGACCAACGGGAAACUCCCGCUGUGGUUCAGGAAACUGCAUGGUCAGGGCGGGGCCUCUGCUGCCGUCCAAUCAGCCGCUGAGCCUCAUCAGGUGAGGAGUCGGUGGGCGGAGCAACGAGACCCUCUAAACAUCGUCUCCAACUUCUCCCCGAGUCCCACCCAGAGUCCUGGGGAGGAAGAGGAGGAGCAGAGGGAGGAAGAGGAAGAGCAGAGGGAAGAGGAGGAAGAGGAGGGACACUUCCACCCUCAGAGUCUGGAGAGUCUGCUGGUAGAGGAAGAGGAGGAAGAGGAUGAAGAUGGAGAGGAGGUGCCGCAGAAUCCAGGUGAGAAGAGGAGCAGCUACAUCCUGUACCCUGAUACCAACACCACCACCGACAGAGAGUUCGAUGUGCAGGGUGCGACCGAGGGAGAGGGGGCGGAGCCUGUGUGGAGCAGAAAGGGGGCGGAGCCUGUGUGGAGCAGCCAGCUGAGUCCAGACUCCGCCCUCUCCGAAGGCUCCGCAGGCAGUCUGGAGCAGCAGCAGGACGCCGACACGGACUCACUGAGUCAGGGCAGCUCGGUGGGCAGUCUGAUUCUGGAGGAGGACGAGGACUCGCUGAAGAUCCACUUCGACACUCUGGCCUCCGGUUUGACCGACGAGAAGUUCGACACCGACCUGAGGGCUCUGCUGCCUCCGGAUGAGAAACGUUACCUGAACCCCCGCCUCAGCAUCUCAACCGCCUUCCUGUCGCGCUUCCAGGACAGGAUCAGGUUUGGUCCGAGCCGAGCGCCACCUCCCGCUAUGACUCCCAGAAUCUCAGAGGAGAGCUACGUCAGCAACUCAUCGGUGAGCUCGGACGCGAGCAGCGAGGCCAGCUGCUCUGAAUCCACCCAGAAAGAAACCAGCAUCAGCGGUGCCGUGCUUCACCGUAGAGCUUCCAGCAUGAUUUCCCAUCAGUCUCUUCGCCGCCUCAAACGCAGACGACACACUGUGGUUCACGUCCAGUGCAGAGACAUGCUGCAAGACGUCACCUCCAGGACUCUCAACCUCAGCCUGGGCUCGGCUGCCCAGCAGGGGGUGCCACGGCUCGGAUACUUAGGGACCACGGCCAGCUCCAGGGCCAAAAAGGGCCAAGACCCCGCCUCUGAGGAGAAGGAGAACCUGGACCUCCAGAGCAGUGACCAGGACCAGACCUGCAGCCCGCAGGAGUUGGCCACGCCCCCCGCUAUGAUGUCACUGGGCGGAGCCACGCCCCCUGAUGUGGUGUCACUUGGUGGAGCCACGCCCCCCGCUGUGAUGUCACUGGGCGGAGUCAGGAGGUGGAGCCUCUGCAGCGAGGAGGAGACCCUGACCAAUCAAAACCUAACUAUCAUCAUAAGCCCCACCCCCACACGUGACACCAUCGCCUCUGACAUCAUCGAGCAGGAGGCGGGAGAUCCAGGAUCAUUAGACCCCCCCCGCCUCUUCCUCUUCUCCUCUGACGGAAACACAGCACCCCCCUACAG